ACUAUCCAGGUAUUCCCUCUCUCUCUCUCUCUCUCUCUCUCACUCAGCCUCUGGCAUUCUCUUCUCUCUCCUCUCCUCUCCUCUCCCUUCUCUGCGCUUUCCCCUCUCUCUGGCUGCUUUGAUGGCGGUGGUCCUAACCAUCUUCCCUCUUGUCGGAAGCUCUCUCGCAGCCUAAGAACCAGCUCCGGUAUCUCACCAAAUUUCUUCUCCAAAUCUCAAAUUAACCGAGGGAUCUUGGAGCAUUCUUCUCCUAGAGUCAAGUUCUAGCCUUUGAUCGCGUUGGAAAGCUCGGAGGAGGUGUUUUCGGGAGAGGUUUUGCCUGGAGAUUCUUGGGGUUUUAAUUUCAACCUUCAAGGUAGGGAUCUCCUGACUUCUUUACAUGUUUAAGUGUUAGUUUGAUGUACAAGAAUCAAGUUUGAUCAUUUAUUUUGAGUCUUGAAUGAAUCUGGUAUAUGCUGAAAAUUUCGUGGGUUCUGGAAAUCUGUCUUUUGGGAGCCCUUUUGCCAGGAAUCAAUUUUUGGUGUCUUCAUAACAGUUAAAGUACGUUUCAAUACGAAGAUUUCGGUACCAAGAUAAUGAAAAACCGAUAAUCACACAAUUAGUUAUGAAUUUUUGAAUACCGGCUGUUUCCUGGAUGCGCGAAUCUGUGUGUGGCUGUCUUCUUUUAAUUUUCUGGGCAUGAUGAACAUUUUGGGUGGCUUUGGGUCUUUUACAGGAGCUGCACAUUUAAGUUAAGAAGGGAUUGGCGUUGGAAUCAAGUGAUUUGGUUAAGUAUACAAUUUUUGGUGAAUUUCUAAAGCAGGGUUGGUCGACUAGGGCGAAAAUGGUUGCGAAUCUGUUUUUCCUUUGAUUGUUGGGUUAAUCUCCUCUCGUUUCUGAACCUGGAAUUUUUACUGAGUGUAGGAAUUGUAGUCGUGCAACUUUUGGCGUUGGUUCCAAUAUUUUUGGGUUUAAGAUGAAAGAGUUAUGAUUUUUCAAUCAAAUUUACUCGUUCCCGUCCUUAAAUUCACGUUGUUUAAUUGGAUAUAGUUUAAUGUGGAUGAUUAACUUUGCCAAUUUGACAUGUAGGGAUUUUUCUCCUCCUUUAUAUGUUUAUGAGUUGGUUUGAUGUGUUUAAGAAUGUUUAAACGUCCGUAUUUGUUGUUGGGAGAAAUCUGUCGAAACUAGAAAUCGUACGCUGAAACACAAGUCGUACCGGUAGGAGUUUUGGCCCUACCAGUAGAAAUGCUGUCCAGUAGUGUCUAUGUUUGUGAAAUUCUGGUCUUUUACCGGUAGGAGGUUGUGUCCUACUGGUAGGGAAUGAAUAAUCUGCUUUAUUUUAAAACUUCGGACGAUCAUAACUUUAUCAUCCGAAAUCCGUUUGGUGCAUAUUAUAUAUUGAAGUUGAUGUAUGGAAAAUCUACUUUGUAAUGGUGGUAGUCUUAUAAUCAAACUCUAAACCUAUAAGAAGUUAUAGUUAAAGUACGGUAGGUUGGUUGUUAGAAUACAUACCGAUUUUGGAGGUUAUGUCGUAUUUGGAUAUUACGGGUGAUUUGGUACAUUCCUAAGUGUUCGAGGUAGAAACGUUAUAUGCAUUGGGCAUUCUUUGCCCUUAGAAUCAUUUGAGUGAGACACGAAUGUUCCUAGGUGCGUUUAACUAUUUGAAUGGUCUACCGAGCCUUAGGGUAGUAGGCUAGCACACUUGGGAAAAAGUUUGUCGACACCUAGAGAAAGUAGGAGGUUGAGUGGUUGAUUGUAUAUUAAAGUUGGAUCGGGAAUAUUUGAAUGACGAUGAUUGAUUAUAUUGAUGAAAUGAAAAUUUGAGUUACAACUAUUAAUUUCCUCUUGAACUAUAAAUCGGAAGGUGAAGUCGUCGUUUGUAGCUACUUGCAUGAAGUUGAGUUUCUGAUCAAUUAGUAAAUACUUGGUAGUAUAGUAAAUAAUAUCCAGUUAGCAUAUUCUAGAGGGUGGUUUUAAAUAUCUUCGAUGUGAGAACCGGAAAAGUGAUGAGAGAUUCCAAGGGAAGUGAGAUGAGUUUGCAGUUGAAGGUGCAGUAAGCUGCGUUUCCUGGUCUAUUUUCAGGUAAAUUCAAAAUAUCAUUGAUUUGUAUGAAUGCUUUGUGGCUAUUAUUAUUAAUUCUUGUCUCAUGUAUGACUAUCACUGUCAUUUACAGAUGGGGUGGCGGAAAAGAGGAUAAGUAUUUUGCCCAAAUUGGUAAAAUUAUUAUCUCUGUCUAUGAAACAGACACCUUUACUCUUAUUGACAAGAAAUCUAUAAAGGUUGAAAACGUUAAGGACAUUAGUUGGUCGCCUACUGAUCCCAUUCUUGCACUCUUUGUUCCUGAACUUGGAGGAGGAAACCAACCUGCAAGGGUGAGUCUCAUUCAAAUCCCUGGCAAAGAGGAGUUGACGCAGAAGAAACUUUUCAGUGUUAGUGAUUGCAAAAUGUAUUGGCAAAGCAGUGGAGAGUACCUUGCUGCGAAGGUUGAUCGGUGUACUAGUCACCAGCUGGACGUUUCAUCUAACUUGCAGGGUUGAAGGGCUUCAAUGGACAGUUAGAGUUCUACAAUGUCGAUGAGCUUGAAACCAUGGCAACAUCUUAGCAUUUUGGAGUGGAAGCGAUUACACGAAGAAGAGAAAUCAGACAGGCAGUGGCUUAGCAUGAAUCUCUUGCCUUUGUUAAAAGCACGUUGUAUUAUGUCUGUAGCAUGAAUGGGGUUUUGUUGUUGCAUUGUUUGUCAACCUGUUUUCUUUCAGAUAUUAACGGAUGAACAAGAAUAAGGGAUGUCUUCUCCAAUCAAGAGUUGAGGAGCCCAUGUUUUAUCUUUUUUACUUUCAAAAAAUAUCCACAUUUUUUUUUAUUACUUUUC